UUGCUUGAAAGAAAGAAGGUUCUGAGUGGCAAUGAUUCAGCGAAGCCAGAACAAGAAUCUGGAGCAAAAGCAAACGAAGCUGGUCAUGAAUCACCUGAAGAUGGUGAGCGAGAUAAGGAUGAACCUUCAGAUGCGGUUCUGAACCUGGAACUAGCCGAACUCGUUGCACAACAAGCACUCAAUGCACCUGAGAUUCAUAACAAAAAUGAGCUUUUAUUCGAGUUAUGGAGAGUAGCCGACGAAUUUGGUGAGCAAUCGAAACGUCUCGAAGUGAUGUUGUACGAGAAAUUAUGGACCGAUGCGAACUUAUGUGAAGAAAGUUUUAUCGCGAAAUAUGAGAAACAUUCAAACGACGCGAACGCUUUCGAUAUACUGGAUGAAUCAGUGAGACGAUUCGAGACGUUGAAGAUGUUCCGUUACUACAUCGAUGUGUGUGAAAAAAGAAUCUCCAAUGAUGAUGUAUUCGCCAAUGCGAAAUUGUAUGAUGUUUACAAAUUGAUGGAUGAAAAGAAUUUGGCCACUGUGGACGAUUAUAAAAAACUGCUGGAAUUUGAAAGUGAUGACGAAGUGAGCGAGCGGAUUGUGAGAAGAGCAUUGCAGCGAUUUGGAGAUUCUAGUUUUUUGUGGACUUAUUUGAUACAGCUGAAAGUGGAUAGCGGUAAUGCCAGCAAAAAAGAUAUCCAGAAAUUGUUUAAUGAUGCUGAGCAUGCGGUUAGUUUACUGUUACUCUUCAGUAUAACGCUACUUCAUUAG